AUGUCUGCCUGCAUGGACGCCAUUUCAGACUGGAUGCGUUCAAACCGGCUCCGGCUCAAUGCAUUGAAAACUGAAUUUAUUUGGUUCACGACCGCUCGUCGCCAACAUCAGCUUCCAGCAUACCUUGUGCAAGUGGGCGACGAGUUCGUCGCACCUGCAUCCUCUGUACGCAGCCUCGGCAUUCAGCUGGACUCAGAACAAUCUAUGAACAACCACAUUGCCAAAGUAACCGCUGCUUGUUUUGGCAUCCUGCGGCAAAUUUGUAGCGUCAGUCACUGUCUCCCAAGGCCAGUCCUCAAGGCCCUCAUGGUGGCGCUUGUGCUGACCAGACUGGACUAUGGCAAUGCCACACUCUACGGACUUCCCAGCACGGCACUUAACAAACUGCAAUUCGUAAUGAACGCUGCAGUGUGA